CCCGGCGGUGGGAGCAGGCAGAGGAGCAGCAGGAGGAGGCAGCUGCGGUGUGGUCCCUCCAUGGCGAGCAGCGCUGUGCCCGGGUGCAGGCUCGCACUCUGCCGCAUCCCCUGGGUUAUCACCGCGUCCCGAGCGUGGCCUUCCCCUUUUCCCUGCUUGCAGCGGCUGAUAGGGAGCUGGCGGGGACACCUCGCUCCUUCCCAGCACAGCCUCUGGGUCCCUCCUGCCACUGAGCCUCUGGGGAUCAUUUGGGGCUGCUUGUGGAGGGGAAGGGACCACCGCCUCCUUCUCCACAUCCCGCUCCAUCACUGCCAGAGGUACCCACAACCUUCCUUUCAAAUCCGACGGCCUUUAAGUCUUGCUGAGAAAGGAUCGCCAAGCUGCACUCAGUGCACCUGGAAGUCCUCGGGGCACAGGUCCUGUCACCAGGAUGGACGUGGCAGCAGAGCGGCAGGGCAGGAGGGCUGCGUGGGUCACUGUCCUCUCCUGGCACAUCAGCCAAGCCCCCGUGUGUCCCAGGCAGCUGUGACAGAACUGGACCUCUGGAGGUGGCCAUCCUGGAGUUCUUGUCCUCCCUCCCAUACUGCAGUACUGGUGGGGUGGAGACCUGGACUGGAUGGAAUCCAAAACUGCCUUCUUCUCCUUCCCUAGGUCAGACGUUGUGGGAGAGGCUCAAUCUGCUCAGUGCUACUAACAAUUAAUUAGUAACACCUAGUGACAGCAAUUAAUUGCUUAUCCUCCAGAGGGUUUAGGACCCUAUAUUUGAGGGACAGGGCAGGGACCAGGUUCACAGUAGUGGGAUAUUUACAUUCCCCAGAGGUGUUGGACAACGUGUCCUGAACACGUAGCAUCGAGAGGUGGCCACUGAGGUCCAAGGGACCCUUUCCCCCUCCAUCCUCCCUUUGCUACCAGAGAGUAGUGAGCUUUUUCUCUGCCACCCCCUUCUCAGCAGGAGGAGCCGGAGCAGCAGAGCCUGCAGGAAAACUGGGCAGAGAGGAGUUAACUUCAAACCCAACCUCAGGGAGAGGGAAAAAAAAAAAACCAACAGAGAACUAUGGAUCAGCAGCAAGAGCAGAGGGAGGGAAAAGGGGGAGUUGGAGAGAGAGGAGAAGAGCUCCGGAAGGAGAGAGAGCAGAGCUGGUGGUGGGCGGGGGGAGGCAGCGGAGCGCCAGGCAGGAGAGACUGAGCUGCCCAGAAAAACUCUUCUGUGGUCUGCAUCCUCCCACUACCACUGCGUGGGCUGGACUGGAGGUCUCCUCCUGAGCGAGUGGCAAAGCUGCAGGCCCUUCCUCCAAAAGGUGGCUGCAGGGUCUCUUCCCCAUCAUCACCUACCUGCCACCGUUCACCCUUGACCACCACUCAGCAUCAGAAAAAGGUGCAUUUAAUUGCCUCUUCUCUGUGGAGUAUAAGUACUGCACAGGGAGCAGGGAGCAGCCAGCUCCAGGGUGGAGGUGGUCCCAUCUUAAGGAGUUCCCUUGGGAUGGGAAUGCGUUGGGGUGCUGCUGUGGGGGGUGAUCCAGGCAUCAGGUCCCUGCUGCCUGAGGUGGCACAGCCCUGGGCUGAGUGUGCUGGGACCAUUGCAGCCCAUGGCAGCCUCCUACCCCAUGGCCCUGUUAACACUAGCCAGGGUUUAGACCUGCCGAAGCAAGCAAUCCCAAGGAGUUUAGCAGCUUUGGGAAUGAAUGUGGGUGAGGGCAGGUGGCAGGGCAGGAAGGAUCCUUCGUGGUGCUGGGAGCACAGGAGAUGUUCUGAUGGCAAUGUGAAUCUGGGCGGGAGGAAGAGGCUUCAGCUCUGCUCAAGACGGGCAGAUGUGGACUGACUGACCACGACAGCAUUCUUGCCAGCGGUGUCAUGAGGAUCUUGGUGGCAUCAUUUAGCCAGCUGGUUGGGAUUGGCAUCUCUGGGAGAAAUGUGAGUGUCAAAGGCUGGGGUCAAGCACUUUGGGGCCUGUUAUCCCUUUCUCCUAAUGCAGGUCCCUGCAAUCUGAAGGAAGAUGCCAGGGGGAUUGAACAUCUCUUCUGACAGCCCAGAGCUACGUGCAGCUGGGAUUAUUGUGCCCAUCAUCUUCUCCCUCAUCUUCUUUGUGGGUACUGUGGGAAAUGGGCUGGUGUUGGCUGUGCUGCUGUGGAAUGGCCAAGUCAAGUACUCCACCACCAACCUCUUCAUCCUCAACCUGGCUGUGGCCGACCUGUGCUUCAUCAUCUGCUGUGUCCCUUUCCAGGCCACCAUUUACACCCUGGAUGGGUGGCUCUUCGGGGCCUUUGCCUGCAAGGCUGUGCAUUUCCUCAUCUACCUCACCAUGUAUGCCAGCAGCUUUACCCUGGCUGCUGUCUCUGUUGACAGGUACUUGGCCAUUCGCUAUCCACUGAAGUCCCGGGACCUCCGCACAUCCCGAAAUGCAGGAGUGGCCAUUGUGGUAAUCUGGUCGCUGUCACUGCUCUUUGCAGGGCCUUACCUCAGUUACUACCAGAUAAUCCAUUACCAUGGGGUGCCCAUCUGUGUCCCCAUCUGGGACGACCAGCGCCGAAAGGUUCUGGACAUCAUCACGUUCGUAUUCGGAUACCUGCUGCCCGUGACCGUGGUGAGCCUGGCGUACACUAGGACCAUCAAGUUCCUGUGGACUUCGGUAGACCCCAUAGAAAGAAUCUCAGAGUCUCGGAAAGCCAAGAGUAAGGUCACCAAGAUGAUAGUCACAGUGGCCAUCCUGUUCUGCCUCUGCUGGCUGCCCCACCACCUGGUCAUCCUCUGCUUCUGGUUUGGCCACUUUCCCUUCAACCGGGCCACUUACGCUUUCCGCCUGGCUUCCCACUGCCUUUCCUACACCAACUCCUGCCUCAACCCCAUUGUCUACGCCCUCAUCUCCAAACAUUUCCGCAAGCGUUUCAAGCAGGCCUUCACCUGCCUCUUCUUCCAGAACAAGAUCAGGAAAAAGAAGAAGAGGAGAGUUGGAAGGAAAGUCCAUAUGGUAAAUGUGGGAAGAGCUUUUGCCAACAGGACAGGAGAUUUCUAUGGAGGCAGCACUGAGGUGACCCAAGUCCCAGAGGAAAACACCAGGAAGAGGGACCAUGAAGGUGCCAGUCGAACCAGAGCAUGGACUCGGCAGGUACAAGAUGCCGUGGUCUCUGUUGAGAAGGAGCUGCUGGAGGAGGAAGUUUUGGCAAAAGCUGGCCAUUCCCUAGAUGUGACCCCUCUAAGAGGAGCUGUUGGACAAGACCAAGAAGAAGCCCUAGAAAAGGGCUAGGGGGGAAAGAAAGCAGUAUCCAUUUGCAUCACAUUUUCUGACCACAUCACGGUGGUUUUGCUUUCCUCCAAGAUCAUCGUGCCCACCUUAUUCCCACUGAGAUGGUUUUGUUGGCAGUGGGAGAUGAUCUCGCUCAUUCAGACCCAGUAAACUGAGUUCAAGUCCCCCAGAACUCCUCAAACACCUCCUCCACAAUCCUGUAGCCAUGUCUGAGACCUGCUAUCAUCCCAGCUCAAUAUUCACAGUAAAGUUUAAGUGACUGCAACAGCCCUCCUUUUCUUUAUUAACGUAUGGCAUUUUAUUAGUGCUGUGUGGAUCCUGAAUAUGUGACUCUUAAUGUGAGGUAGAUCUGCACCUAUAAUUUCUUAAGAGAAGGUGAAAGAUGGGAAGCUCAGGAAAAAGUGUUUAGGGAAAGCUGUGACAUUGUGGGACACCCAGACUUCCACACUGAAGCUGGGAAACAAUUACAGGUUGCCAUGGCACUUGUAGGUGUCCUGAGCCCUGUAUGGGCUACAAAAUCCUCUGGUGUGCUCACUUGUCCCCAUGCAUGGUGCUGGAAGUUGUGCCAAAAUUAAAGUGGUUUUGGCCCCAGCCAGUGCCGUAGGCAUUGUACAGUGGGGCUGGAUGACAUCAGGCAGCUUGCAGAGCUGUGGUGUGCAUGAGCAGAGCCAUGAUCUCCCCCUUAUUUCUCUUCUUUUUCUGUUCCCUACUUCUGUUUGCGUAAAUCUUUCCUUUUUGCUUUGUCCUGCCCACUCUUAAUCCCCAGGUGACAUGCUAUUUCUAAUGCUCACUGAAGCUGUUGUUCGCCCUGCUAGAGCUCAGCUCCAAGGCCAUCCCUUUUUCUGUGUGGAGGCUAACUGAAGAGGAAGGCCAGUUGUGCUGGGAAUUAGUUUUCUUUUUCCAUUCAAGUGCUUGAUGUUCUCUGCACUUUGAGCCUCCCUUGCCUCUAUCCUUGUUUCUGAUUUUUCCACCUCUCUCCUUUCAUGGUGGCUGCCACUCCUCUACGGUGGAGUUUCUUUCAGAAACAUGUCCAGUGUGCCUUACUCACCUUCCUGGGAACAGCGAGUUCUGCAGCCACCCUCUGUACACGAUGCCAUGGCUGGUGGCUAGCUCACAUGGCCUCAUCAUUUUUUCAGGUGAAAACUCACUCCACAACACAAAGCACUGGAGGGAGAAGGGAACAGCAGGCAGGAACAAUGAUGAGGCACAGCUGGAUGCUGCUUGUUCUUGCCUAGAAGCAGCUGGGCUGUUGCUCACCCCUGAUUCUGGUCCCAGCUUGAAAAACGAGCAGAUCAGAGCAGGACUGACUGCUGCAUGUUGGGGUGAAGCCUAAAUGAAACAGGACAGAGAGGACAGGGAAGAUCUGGGGGUGAAGGUGCAUUUAGCAUGAGAACUGGCUGCAAGUCCUGGCCCCUUCACUAAGCUCUGCCUGGUGCUAAGCCCCAGUUUUGGGGAGCACGUGAGCAGAAAGGACAGGUGCUGAGCCUAGGAUGGGAAGGCUCUGGAGCCAGAAGGGAAUUCCUGUCUUUCCAGUACCAGUGUACAUGCUUUAACUGGUUUCUCAUCUCAAAAGAGAGGUAAAGCAAAGAUGUCACAUCCUUAAUAUGGAGUCAGGUUUAAUUAAAACUGAAGGAGUUUGAUUGCUGCUUUCCACACAGCCUUCCCUCCAGACUAAUUGACAUUCUGCAGUCUCUGCUCCCAGCUUCUUGCCUUAAUUAAGGAUUCUUUCCUCUUACUUUCUGUCCUACUUUCUAUCACUCAGGCUGACAAGCUCAUCUUUAAUCCUGCAGGGGCUGGUUUGCCACAUCUGUAGAGUGCUGCCUUUCAAAGACCUGGAACAGGGUAGAUGAAAUGGGAGAGGUGUGAACAGGUCAGGCUUCUGUGUCUAGUGGUAAGCACCAGCUCUUCUCUGUGGAGUAACUUAGUCCUGCUAACUGUGUGCUGAUUCUGGUGUCUGGCAUCUAUCUCCCUGGCAUGUGUGGCAUGAGCCUGACAUCACUGGGAGGUGUCAGACCCAGGUGCCAAGAAGCUCAUCUCACUUAUGACCCCCAUGUGCAAAUCUGGCAGCCCUGGAAAGGGAAUUCUGGUUAUUUGCUUUUGGGUUUAGCUGCUGGUUGCUAAUCUAUGACCAGCCUUAGCAGGUUGCCAGCUGAUUAUUUUAAUUCUUCCAUGUGCUCUCUUCCCCUCUCAGAGAUUUCGUAAAAAACUCCCAGAGAAACACUGUUUACCAUACCUCCUUUAUCAUCUUCCUAAUCAAAACUUGCUGAUUCCUCCACCGAGUCACCCCAUGGGCCCUGGCCUGCCCAGGGCUGCUCCCCCAGGCUGGCCAGGCACGAUGCAUGAAGAAGGCAUCUUUCUGUAAGUAUCCUUCUAUGAUGGAAGAAUCUUUGCUCACAGAGUGAGCAAGGGAAGUGGGUGAAAGGAUAAGAAGUCUCCCAAAGAUGCUUCAUGGGGCUAUCUUAGCAGUGCAGAUAAUUGCUGUGCUGGAUUUGAAGUCUGCUAGAAAGGCAGAGUUGGAGGAAGUAAAUGACUUUAGCUGUUGGAGAUUAAUUAUUUCAGCUACUGAAGAGAAUCUUGAUGUUCACACACACUGCAGCGUGCGCUUUGCAUUCGAUUGUGUGGGUGAAGUGACUGCUCCAGAGAAAGGUCAUUUGCUUAGUAACAUCCUGCAGCUUUGCUGGGAGGCCUUGUCAGGGCUGUUGCCUCUGCUAUGGCUCCUCUGUGAGACACAAGCAGGUUCUCAGCUGUUCGCUCGCUCGAGACACAUCCUCAGUCUGGUUUUGGUUGCAUCUUACAGUACAGCAGCAGCCUCAGAGCCAGGCAGGUUGCUGCUGGGUUCAAUGGCUGGGAAUUCUGCAGAUCAUGUGCUCUGUGUUAGGAGGGGAAAUUUGGAGUCUGGGGAAUUAGGAGGGAGGGUGUUUGGAGGUCAGGUAGGGGUGAGAGGGAACCAAAGCCUAAAGUCCCAGUUGAUAUCAUGGCCCUGAGAACGGGGACUAAUCAUUGCUCAGGAAGGGAUAUGGGGGGUGCAUUUGAUGGUGUAGCACAAAGAAAAUGAGCAGUUUGGACUGAUAUUAAUGGCAAAAUAAAUAGCAGUGGGAAACCUGUGCUGUUGUUUCUGUUCUCCAUUACUGCAGCAGACACCUCUGGGAGACACAGAAAACUGCCACCAACCUCACAGAUUGUGCAGGGAAAUCUGUGGCACAGGGUGCAAGGAUAGAGAAAAGCUGCUGGGAGAAGCUGAAGCCUCUAGGCUAGGCAGUGCCAGUCAGCAGCUCUCAGCACAGUGGGAAGCCAUGUUUCCUCCUUCCCUGGAACAGCCUCUUACCUGCCCAGUACCUGACUCCCAUUCUCGAUACAGCUGCUCAGCAUGACAGGGUAAGGCUCUGGGUAUGACUGGCUGACACAUAGAAACAUAAAACUUUCCUCCAUCCAGUGCCAAACACAUGAUAUGUUUUGGUAGCCCACAGGGUAGCCCACAGCUUCAAUCCCUGAGGAGGGAAAGCAGAACUGACUGCAGUGAUUCAUAGAAUACAAUUCCUACAUGACAUACUUUUUUUCCCCACUGAAAACCAGAUACGCUUUUCUCUUUCUUACCUGAUGUUACUGCUUAAAGCAGUGGCAAAACUUCCUACAGCCAUUUGGUUUUUUAUUGCCUCUCCUGCCACGGUGGGAGCAAUGUGGCAAAAGAAGCAAGACCAUUUCUCCUGGCUGGCUGCAGCA